UCCCCUGGCCCUCCCCUUCUCUGCCCCACCCGCUCCCUUCCCAGAGUCCCGCGGUACUUCUGUUCUCUCGCGAGAGCUUCACGUUCACCUAGCUGACAGACUGUGGCGGACUGUGGCGGUCAGUGGGGCGUGUAACGAUGGAGUAUAUGACGGACUCCGCCAACCACAGCCCUGGACACAUCUUGUGCUGUGAGUGUGGUAUCCCUAUUAGUCCAAAUCCUGCCAAUAUUUGUGUGGCCUGUUUACGAAGUAAAGUAGACAUCAGCCAAGGUAUUCCAAAGCAAGUGUCAAUUUCUUUCUGCAAGCAGUGUCAAAGAUAUUUUCAGCCACCUGGAACUUGGAUACAAUGUGCUUUAGAAUCCAGGGAACUUCUUGCUUUGUGUUUGAAAAAAAUUAAAGCUCCUCUGAGUAAGGUACGGCUUGUAGAUGCAGGCUUUGUUUGGACUGAGCCACAUUCUAAGAGACUGAAAGUUAAAUUGACUAUUCAGAAGGAGGUGAUGAAUGGUGCUAUCCUUCAGCAAGUGUUUGUGGUAGAUUAUGUUGUUCAGUCCCAAAUGUGUGGAGAUUGCCACAGAGUAGAAGCAAAGGAUUUCUGGAAGGCUGUGGUUCAAGUCAGACAAAAGACUUUGCACAAAAAAACGUUCUAUUAUCUGGAGCAGUUGAUUCUGAAAUAUGGAGUGCAUCAGAAUACACUUCGUAUCAAAGAAAUUCAUGAUGGUCUGGAUUUCUAUUAUUCCUCAAAACAGCAUGCUCAGAAGAUGGUAGAAUUUCUUCAGUGUACAGUUCCUUGUAGAUACAAAGCAUCACAAAGACUGAUCUCUCAGGAUAUCCAUAGUAACACGUUCAAUUACAAAAGCACUUUUUCUGUGGAAAUUGUUCCAAUAUGCAAGGAUAAUGUUGUUUGUCUGUCUCCAAAACUUGCACAAAGCCUGGGAAAUAUGAACCAGAUAUGUGUGUGUAUUCGAGUAACCAGUGCCAUCCACCUUAUUGAUCCAAACACCUUGCAAGUUGCUGAUAUUGAUGGGAGCACAUUCUGGAAUCAUCCUUUCAAUAGUUUAUGCCAUCCCAAACAGCUAGAAGAGUUUAUUGUGAUGGAAUGCAGCAUAGUCCGAGAUCUCAAACGCAAUGCAGGUGCUGGAGUCAUAUCAAAAAAGCAUACCCUUGGAGAAAUCUGGGUACAGAAAACAUCUGAAAUGAAUACAGAUAAACAGUAUUUUUGUCGCACUCAUUUGGGACAUCUUCUAAAUCCUGGAGACCUGGUGUUGGGAUUUGAUUUGGCUAACUGUAACUUAAAUGAUGAGCAUGUCAACAAAAUGAACUCAGAUAAAGUUCCAGAUGUGGUAUUAAUCAAGAAGAGCUAUGACCGCACCAAACGUCAGCGUCGUAGAAACUGGAAACUGAAAGAGCUUGCAAGAGAUAAAGAAAAUAUGGAUACAGAUGAUGAAAGGCAAUAUCAAGAUUUUCUUGAAGAUCUUGAAGAAGAUGAGGCAAUUAGAAAAAAUGUCAACAUUUAUAGAGAUUCCACUAUCCCUGUGGAAAGUGAUACAGAUGAUGAAGGAGCACCUCGAAUUAGUUUGGCUGAGAUGCUUGAAGAUCUUCAUAUUUCCCAGGAUGCCACUGGUGCAGAAGGUGCGGCUAUGAUGACAUAAAGAAGUUAUGUUGGUAGACUUAGCACAUCCAUAGGUGCAAUAACCUUUGCCACGUAUUCCAUCUCUGCCUUUAUAGUUCAAGAGGAGAAAUUUAUUUUAAAACCUGAACAAAUAUGACUAUUUUGAUUACUCAGCACUAAAGGGUUUGAUAGUUUUGGAAUUUUAGAUAACAAAAGAUUAGGGAGAAUUAAAUUAUUGCCAAUGUUUAGGCUGUUUUAUGUGUUGUUUUGUCACUUCGCUUUUAUUUAAGGCCCUGUAGUAUUUUCUUCACAUAUUUAAUGCUGAAUUUAAUAGUUUAGAAGUUGAGAUUCAUUGUAUGUUAACUAAAAAUUCAAACAUAAAAUAAUUUUUACAUUCUUUUUGUGUUGAUUGCUUUAUGGAAAGAGCAUAUGAUGAAUUUUUUUUUUGUACCAGGGAUUAAACUCAUGACCUUGCAUUUUCCAAGCAGGUGCUUGAGCCACUAAGCUAAAUCCUCAGCUCUGAUGAGUCAUUUUUAAUGUGAAUUUGUUACACACUUUGAUUAAUUUUAGGUCACUUUUAUAUGCUUCGAGUAGGGAUAUUGCUGUUCAGUUUAUCACUGAACACUGAAGAAAGAAGUCCAUCUUUUAUUUUUUCAUAAAAUUAACAUUUUCAAAAUCUUUCCUCCCCUGCCAUACUUCCUUUCUUCUUCCCUCUGAUAGACUAGUUACUUCAAAUAACAAUAUAAUUUUUCGUUACCUUUGCCUGGACUAGCAGUUUAGGCAAUAACCUGGUUUAAAGCUUGAGGCUUCUAGCAUGUAGAUGAUAUAAUAAAAAUGAAGUAUGUUUUUAUUUUUAAUAAAGCAUGUUUUACUAUGAAUCAGAUUUGAAUGAAGAAUACCUUCUACAUUCCAAAAGAAGACUUUGGCUUCAGUUUUAAAGUGUUAUGAAAGUCAAGUAUUACCCUAUUUCUGUAAGUGAGAUUAGAUUUACUGAAUACACCAAACUAAUUGCUACUCCACUAAUUCUUUGUGCAUCAAGAAAUAAAGACAUUGAGCCAAAA